CAACUAAGCAUGCUUGAGUUACAAUAUUUAUAUAUCAUUUAUCUAUCACCUAUAUUCACUCCAUUACCGAAAUGAAGGAACCUAGAGAGUUGGUCUUCAUCACAGCCCCAGGUAUUGGCCAUCUCGUAUCAACCGUCGAGAUUGCAAAGCUCCUCGUUGAUCGAGAUGACCAAAUUUUGGUCACAAUUCUCAUAAUGAAGUUUCCCUUUGACGACUCCAACCCCAAAGGUUCUGAAGAAGACUACUACUCCUCCAUUUCACCGCGCAUCAAGUUCAUCAGCCUCCCAGAGCUCAACAUAGACACAAAAGGAAUGGGACCUUCCGCCUUCUUCAAAAUAUUUGUUGAAAACCAGAAACCUAUCGUUACAGACUUGGUCACCAAACUCACCGAGUCUCAGUCCGAGUCCAAGCCUCGACUCGCCGGGUUUGUCAUUGACAUGUUCUGCACUACCAUGAUCGAUGUGGCCAAUGAAUUUGGGGUUCCUACUUACGUUUUCUUCACGUCCAACGCAGCGUGUCUUGGGUUCUUUCUACACCUCCAAGCCAUUUGUGAUGAGGAAAACAAGGACGUUUCCGAGUUUUUGGAGUCGGGGGCCGAUUUAUCUCUGCCGAGUUUUAUCAAUCCGCUGCCUCAUGGAGUUUUGACUAGUGUUUUUCCAGACAAGGAGGGCGCCCAUGCAUUCCUCAACCAUGCAAGAAGGUUUAGAGAAACCAAGGGUAUUUUGGUAAACACGUUCUUGGAGUUGGAGUCACAUGCUUUGCACUCUCUUUCCGAUGGUAAAGUCCCGCCGGUGUACCCCGUGGGGCCCUUACUGAACUUGAAAAAUGAUGAUGACCAACCGAAGUCCGAUAUCUUGGAGUGGCUUGAGGAUCAGCCUCCCUUAUCUGUAGUGUUCCUGUGCUUCGGAAGCAUGGGAAGUUUUGCUGAGGAUCAGGUGAAAGAGAUAGCGUGUGCGUUGGAGCAAAGCGGAUAUCGGUUCUUGUGGUCCUUACGUCAGCCCCCACCAAAGGGUAAGAUAGCUUUCCCAAGCGAUUACGUAGAUGCCAAGGCAGUCUUGCCGGAAGGAUUUCUCGAUCGGACGGUUGGGAUCGGAAAAACCAUAGGUUGGGCCCCACAAAUUGAUAUCUUGGCCCACCCUUCGAUCGGAGGGUUUGUAUCCCAUUGUGGAUGGAACUCUACGCUUGAGAGUCUGUGGUAUGGUGUACCGAUUGCCACGUGGCCAAUGUACGCAGAACAACAAUUGAAUGCCUUUGGGCUGGUGAGGGAAUUGGAAUUGGCCGUGGAAGUUGACAUGAACUAUCGGAAAGAUGGUCAAGUGGUUUUGAGUGCACAAGUCAUAGAGAAAGGGAUAAGGCAAGUGAUGAAGCAGGAUAGUGAUAUAAGGAAAAAGGUAAAAGAGACGAGUGAAAAGAGCAAGAAAGCUUUAAGAGGUGGGUCGUCACACUCUUCAUUAGGUUAUUUUAUUGAUCAGAUAAUUCUUUAACUUUUGAUUCUAAUCAUAAUUAUGGUUGUAAACUUGUAAUUAAUUUGCAAAUGAAGAAAAUAAAGAAAUUUGAAGCUUUUCA